AUGGACUUCCUUCUGCCUCCCAUCUACUAUGACAACAUAGACGUCAUCUACAAAGAGGAAAACAGCAUGCCAUCAACGUGGAUGACGUUCCUUCGACCAUUUUCUCCCAUUGUGUUUAUGUCGAUAGGCGUCAGUGUUGUCUGCGUUUUCAUCCUGUAUUCGGCAGCAAUGGUCCUGAUUCGCAAUAAGUACACGGGAAGCAAGGAACCGAGGACAGUCACAGACGUGUUUUGGUUCACCAUCUCCUCUCUCUUUAAACAAGGCAUCACGAUUAUUAACCCGUUCACUCACGGCAUACGGAUUCUCGUGUCUGCGUGGCUGCUGUUUUCCCUCGUGGUCAUCACGGAGUACACCGGCCACCUGACCGCGGCCUUCACUGUACUGCCCGAGCCCAAACUCUUCAAGAGUCUGCGGGAGAUCUUAGAUCAUCCCCAGUAUAAGAUAGGAAUAUUCGAAGGAGCUAUCACCAGCAUGCUUUUAGAGGUAUAA